ACAAAGAACACGUCGACAGCCAAUACAUAAACAUCGGCUGACGUAUAAAACCGUUAGUGUUAGGAAAGUAGCGAACGACGAAAGAUGGGCUUGUAGAGGGUACUGGAGUUGUAAGAAAAAAGGCUUAACGGUCUUGAGUAAUCUUUGUAGAAGGGAAAAUAAGACAACAGAAGAUUUGGAAUUAUUAAUACGAUAGAAAAGGAAUAAAUAACAAAAAUGUUGGACACAAUUGUGGAACAGAAGUCAGCGUUUAAUGAUAGGUUGUCCCCACGCAGGCCUUCUACACUGCUUCUCGAUAACGGACAGGAAAUGGACAUGGAUUUUUUGGAAGUCGACCACGAAAACAACCGCAUAACUACAACUAGUACACAAAACAGGAACAGAAAAAAGAAAAAGAGGGCUGCUGACAUUCCAGUCAAAAAGUUUCAAGAUUUGUAUGAACCAACAGGAGAGAUAUUGGGCAAUGGCGCGUAUGCUGCCGUUCGAACAUACAGAAAUCUUGAAACCCAGAAGGAAUACGCAGUAAAGGAAAUUCAGAAAGACACAUGCCGGUCUCGCAGCAAGGUGUUCAAGGAGAUUGAGAUAUUCCACGUGUGCCGUGGCCAGCAGAGCAUCCUCCAGAUGCAUGAGUACUUUGAGGAGGAGGACCAUUUCUACCUCGUGUUUGAGAAGAUCCCGGGUGGGACGCUGCUUGCAAACAUCGAGCAGAGGGGGCACCUGUCAGAGCUCGAGGCCAGCCAGGUGGUCCAGUGCAUCGCUCAGGCUCUCGACUUCCUGCACAGUAAAGGUAUAGCUCACCGUGAUCUCAAACCAGAAAACAUCCUGUGCGAGCUAUGGGACGAAGUCGUACCAAUCCGUAUCUGUGAUUUUGACCUGGCAAGUGGCAUUCCAAUCAGUAGCGAUCAGGACUCUUGCAAGACCCCCGAGUUACUCACGCCAGUCGGAUCGGCCGAGUACAUGGCGCCAGAGGUGGUGGACGCGUGGGUCGGCGAGUCAUUCUCCUACGAUAAGAAGUGUGACCUAUGGAGUCUUGGAAUUAUUUUGUACAUCAUGUUGUGUGGCUACCCGCCGUUCUACGGUCAGUGUGGGUCCGAGUGUGGCUGGGAGCGCGGGGAGAUGUGCCAGGCCUGUCAGGAGAUGCUCUUCACCAGCAUCCAGGACGGCUUCUAUGAGUUCCCCGAGGCCGAGUGGAGCUGCGUGUCCGAGGAGGCAAAGGACCUGAUCCGCCGACUGUUGGUGCGUGAGCCAAGCAAGCGCUACUCCGCCGCUGACGUGCUCAGACACAAGUGGAUCGUCAGUCCACCCGACGCAACGCCGCUUGCCACUCCCAGAAUACUUACUAGGAACAAUAGCACAAAAGAUCUGGAAAACUUUGCAGACGCUGCCAUCUCCAUCAACCGCAUGAUGCAGCAGCACCUCCACAUCUCGGGGCCUCCGAAAUUCUUCAUGAGAGACGAGGUACUGGACGAAGGAUUAGAAAUCCAAAACUACGAUGACGAAGACGACGAGAAUUUCGGCGAAUUCCCCUCGUUCCGCCUCUCUCCGCCAUGCUCGAGUCUAGCUAAGCGACGUCAGCCGCUAGAGGCCAGAAUCAGCAUCGGCUCUUCGGGAUUUGACAGCGGGAGUUCGUUGCCGAAUUCGCAGUCGUCCAAUUGUGGCAUCAUGUUCUAGGCAGCUAGGGCGGGGUUGAACGUUCGGAGGAAAGUUUGGACCUUGCGGGAACAUGGUUCUGUUGUAGUCUUCAUCAGACAUUCCUCAUCACACAAUCAUCUCAUCAUCGCAUCCGAUCAAACACAGUAUGAAGGGAGGAUAAAUGUCAGAAAAAAAAUUCAAAAGACUAAAAAUUUUGUAAUUCUCGAUUCUUAGUGUCAGCGUGUUUAAAUGUACAUGUAUGUAUUUGGUUUCUUUGGCGCAAGUUUUGAUUAUUUUGUCGUUUGAGCAGUCGUUUAAGUGGAACAGUCGUUCACUGCUAGUGAUCGGAACUGAGUCUAUGUGCUAGGGGCAUGGCUUGUGCCCUGUCGCCUUGUUGAACAAAUCUGUGCUAGAAUCAAGCUGGACAAGUAACCAGUGUAUAUAGUUGACAAAACCCAACGUUUCACAAGGUGAAUCAUGCUACGACUGGCGGACAAGCGGCAAGUGUUCGUCUCUAUGAGAAAGUCUUUCAGAAAGCCUUAUAUUUUUGUGCAAGUUGAAACUUGUUCAAUGUAUGUAUCAGGUAAAACUGCAUCAUCAGCUCUGUGGGGGUCCUUCAUAUCAAUACUCAGUGAUAUUGCGCCAUUUAUUGGCUUCCAUUUGGUCUAUCAAUGACUCGGAACAUUUGCAGGUUGCUAUGUUGCAGUUUUAUCUCUCAUUCCAUGUGGACAGCCAUUGACAGUAUUCAAGUGUUCAUUACAUUGUUUGUGAGGCACAGGGCAAUUUGGCCUUACGUUUUCAUGUUUUUACCACAUUUCAUGUUUUACACGACAAGUUAGAAAUAAGUUUUUUUACUGUUUUUAUACAGAGCAUAAAACUCAUUCAUGCUUAAAAACGUUUUUUUCUUGCAGAAACAUUAGAGGUAUUCAUGCAUUUUCUUUAUACUUUUUAUUUUCUUAGACUUUGAAGAAAUGCUGCAACUUAUUUUUAUAACUCGCUUGUUAGAUGGUUUUGUAACAUCAUUAACAUUGCUUAUGUUAUAGUCAUUGGGUUUUAAAUUUGUUUUUAAGUUUUAGAUUUUUUGCAGCUUCUAUAUUUGCCAAAUUUCAUGAUCGUUAAAGUUUUAGAUUAAAUGUUGUGCGAUUCAUUUGAAAUUUUAAAGAGUGUUUAACAUAUUAAAUUAAAUAAGUAUAACCAAUUAUAAGAAUAACCUAAUGGCCAGUCUUGAUUGAAUCGUGUUUGUGUACUACAUGUGUGGUUUUGUUUCUCUUCGUUAAAUUUUAUGUGUUAUACAUGACAAAUUUAUUUCUUUAAAUCUCACUGUAGAAAAUAAGUGUAUUUAUAUUUUUUUGGUAAAUUAUUCUUUACAUUUAGAAUUCAAUGCCAAAUCCUUUAGAUUGCUUCUUAAAAUGGUAUUUAAAAAAAACUUCAAAAGGAUAUUUUUCUCUUAAAAAUUUAGACCUUUUAAGGAAAAAGAUAGUGUAAGAAUGAAUGUGUUUUGUUACUAUGUGAAUAUGCAUCACAGUGGAUUUGUUUCUGUGUAUUAUGGUUGCGUUAGCAGCGCAUAAAUGUAUGAUGAUUGUGGCUGUGAUAUGAAAACAAAAUGUGUUCUUAAAAAUCAGCUUGAAAAUGAGGAACUAUCUGUUUCUUUACUUUGUACUCUUCUUGUCAAACUGAUACAUUACGGGUGUAAACGAUCUUUGAGAUGCGGACAUCUUGUUUUGCAGUACUUUUUAAGUACAUAUUUUUCUUGUAAAAUUUCAGAAGCAUAUCAUGGCUUGCAUUCUUAUUGGAUAGAAAAUACCUGGUAUUUAAAAAAACGAUUGCCAUACAGGAAUGUGUUAAGAAGAUAUAUUCAAGAAGAUAAAACAUAUAAGAUGAUGAUAAUCCUUAAAAAUAGUUUGUUAAGAUAUUUUUCAAUUUACUUACAAUUUAUUUUAUAAGUAGAGAUAACUUUUUAAUGCCAUUUUUCUAGGCAGUCAAUGGGUAUAAAAUGAGAAUUCUUCAUCGGUGAUAUCAUGUGUUUUAUGUUUGUAUUCAUGUUAUAAUACUAGGCGUAAACAACAGGGGCACUCAUAGGAAUUUUGAUUUUUCGCUACAUUGAGACAUUUAUCAUUGAUGUAAAAAAUAAUAGUGUAAAAACAGAAAAGGUUAAAGAUAAAUAUUUUGGUAAACGGAACAAAGAUGUCAAAAAUCACACAUUUACAAAGUUCCGACUGUGCCCCUGAUUGUUUUCCUUUGAAAUCUCUGCAGCUAGAAAGUGUCUUGGAUCUCAGAACGUGCAGACAAGCGAUUCCUCCAACUUGCAUCUUUACAAAUGGUUUUAACAAAACACUUUCUUGUUAAAUGUUUGCUACUUUGAAAAAUGUUGUUGUGGCUUUUUUUAUAGAAAUGAAAAUGAUUUAAUAUGAAUAAGGUGGGUUUUUUUCCAAAGUCUAUUGCAAGUUGGUGGGAGAGAUUAUUCACUGUGAUAUGAGAACAUCAGUUUUAUGAUGCCUUUAAAGGAAUAUGUCAUAGAAAUUGAUUAGUCAGCAUAAUUUGUAUGUUUUAUGAUGUUACGACUUAAAAUUGUUAAAAACCCUGAAUUCGAUUCAUAUGACUGGUUUAAACAUUUUAUUAAUUCAGCAGAGUUUGUGAAGAAAUUGAAUUUUAGUUCAAAUUUUUACAAAAUUUUAGGGUUUUUACAAUUUUCUGUCAUUUUGCUGCAGAGUCGGACUGGUUUAAUUUUCUAGCAGUUCGUGUUUUCACAUGUUUCCUUAAUACCGGAACACAUGGGACCAAAGUUGAUAUUUCUAGAAAAUUAACCCAGUUUGGACUGUGAUAAGGGAUGGAAUUGCAUUCCACAGGGUUGUGCGUUGAAAAAUGUUAAGUGUGCAACAACUUCGAUGUUAAAAAGUGGUGGUGCAUUGCAAUUUGUAUUACUACUCAGGAUUGAAAAAUCUGCGUGCUGACACAAACGAAACGUGUCAUAAGGCUAGUGGUGUGCAUUUUUAAUUCAGACGUUAAAAAAAUAUAAAACCAAAAAACGUGCAAUAUUGUAUUUAAAAAAAUAAAUAAUCAAAUUACUGAUUGGCGGGGUUUUUGAUAUUGUUUGAUAUUGAUAUAUAAAGAUCGAAAGUGGCAAGAGUUAGGCAAGAACUUUUUCGUAUAUUUUUAUGCAAGAACAAAAAAGAAAAGAUGUGUUUUCGUUAAGUGUCAUUUCAUUGUCCAUCAUGAACGCUGUAUUAUGCAGAUUUUUGAUAGGGACUUAAAUCUACAAAAAAAAGGUUAUAAAUAGUAUAAAUAACUUCUGUACAAAUGUUUGCUUUAUAACAUUUCAAUUAGAGGUAAGUGUUAACUAAUUUUAUUGGUUUGUCCAUGUCUGGUUUUCGCCAACAAAGAGUGGAUAUUUUACCUUUUGUUGUGGAAGUUCUGUUCUAAAAUGUUUCUGUAAUGGUUUUGCAUGCAUAUCUGCUACCAUCUCAGGCUUGCUUGAAGAUAUGAUAAUAAACUUGGAGAACAGAAUUGUUAUUGAAAUUAAAAAAUAAAAGUGCCAUCAAAAUG